AUGGAGGCCUCCUGGCUCGAGACGCGCUGGGCGCGGUCCUUGUACCUGGCCUUCGUGUUCUGCCUGGCCCUGGGGCUGCUGCAGGCCAUCAAGCUCCACCUGCGGAGGCAGCGGCUGCUGCGGGACCUGCGCUCCUUCCCCGCGCCCCCGGCACACUGGUUCCACGGACACCAGCAGUUUCUUCGGGACGAGAACAUGGAGCAGCUGGAAGAGUUCGUGGAAAAGUACCCGUGUGCUUUCCCUUGCUGGGUGGGGCCCUUCCAGGCAUGUUUCUUUAUCUAUGACCCAGAGUAUGCAGAGAUGGUUCUGAGCAGGACAGAUCCCAAGUCCCAGUACCUGUCCAAGUUCAUGACUCCGUGUCUUGGAAGAGGACUCGGGAACCUAGAUGGGCCCACGUGGUUCCAGCAUCGCCGCCUUCUGACUCCGGGCUUCCACUCUAACAUCCUGAAAACCUACGUUGCGGUGAUGGCUCACUCUGUGAACACCAUGCUGGGUAAGUGGGAGAAGAUCGGCGGUGCUCAGGACACAGCCGUGGAGGUCCAUGAGCACAUCAACUUGAUGGCCCUGGACAUAAUCAUGAAAUGUGCUUUUAGCAAGGAGACCAACUGCCAGACAAACAGCACCCAUGAUCUUUAUGUAAAAGCAAUGUUUGAACUGGACAAAAUCACAUCUCACCGUUUGUACAAUUGCUUACAUCACCAUGACAUAAUUUUCAAAUUCAGCCCUCAGGGCUAUCGCUUCCAGAAGAUAAGCCAAGUGCUGCAUCAGUACACAGAACAGGUCCUCCAAGACAGAAAGAAAUCCCUCCAGGGUGGGGUGAAGCAGGCUGGCGCUGGGAAGACGGAGUACCAGGAUUUCCUGGAUAUUGUCCUUUGUGCCCAGCGCGAGAAUGAAGACAGCUUCCCGGAUGCUGACCUGCAGUCUGAGGUGAAUACAUUCAUAUUGGCAGGGCACAGCACCACGGCCGCGAGCCUCUCCUGGCUUCUCUACUGCCUGGCUUUGCACCCUGAGCACCAGGAACGAUGCCGGGAGGAGAUCAAGGGCGUCCUGGGGAACGGGUCUUCCACCACCUGGGAGCAGCUGGACGAGCUGUGCUUCACCACAAUGUGCAUCAGCGAGGUGCUCCGCCUGUUUCCUCCGGUCCCGGCCAUUUCCAGAGAACUCAGCAAGCCCCUCACCUUCCCGGACGGCCGCUCGCUGCCUGCAGGAAUGAUCGUGGUCCUCAGCAUCUGGGGUCUUCACCACAACCCUGCUGUCUGGAAGAACCCAAAGGUGUUCGACCCUUCGAGGUUCUCUAAGGAGAAUUCUGCUCAGAGACAUCCUCACGCCUUCUUGCCAUUCUCAGCUGGACCACGGAACUGCAUCGGGCAGCAGUUCGCCAUGCUCGAGCUGAAGGUGGCCAUCGCCUUGAUUCUGCUCCGGUUCCAAGUGGCCCCGGCCUCCCCCACACCUCUGACCUCCUCCAACCACGUUGUCCUCAAACCUAAGAAUGGGAUCCAUUUGCGCCUGCAGAAACUCCCUGCGUGUCCGACCCCAGGGCACAGUGAUUAA